UAAAUUUUGUGGGUUAUCGUUUUCCUCCUCGAAUCAUUUUAUUUGUUCCUUUUAGGUACAAACACCACACCAUCGUCGUCGUCCUCCCUCCCUCCCUCUUCCUCUCAAAAAUCUCCACACUCUCUAUCUCACUUUACAAUCCUGCCCUCGUUUCCCCCUCUUUUUACGAUCCUACGCCACUCUCCUCCUCCCCUCUGCAACUCUUCCUCUUCCCGAAAUGCCCUUCCACGGCCUCCUAAUUACCAUUGCACCACCACAACAACCGCCCCGACGAUAUGGCGUCAUGAGCUGCGUCACUUUCUAAUCUCAAUCCAUUUUUUAAAUCACAUUAUUUAGGUAAUGGGAGUUGGAGAGAAUGGAGAAGAAACAGAUUGCAUUGAUUUUCUUAGAGUAGAAUCUGCAGUGUUUCUGUCACAGCCUAUUGGAUUUUGGAAUAGGGAACUUUAUGGGUAUGCAUGCAUGUGUCUGCUGAUGGCUGUUGCUCGGAGUCAGUUUGGUGAUUGCUGCCACCAUAGAUGACUGUAUUUCAUUGCUUAUUUGCAACAGUUUCAUGAAGAUAUUGUUAUUCCUGUCAAAAAAAUUGCUUGCGUAGGUUCUCGAAUUGCUAAAGUCUUUCUAGGCAAACUCAGUAAUUGCGGCAUUUUAUAGAGAGUCUGCAAAUUUUUGGAGUGAGAGUCCAUUCUUUUUUUCCCUUUAAGAGGUAUCGAUGGAGCUCAAAGUUUCAUCACUAAAGCCGGAAGAUCUUUCCUCUUCUGAUUGUUCCAGUGAUCCUGAGGAGACAGAAGUCAGUGAUGAGGAUGAUGACGACCGCAACCAUAAACAUCGUAAAAGAGAGACUCGUUCUCAAUCUAUGGAGAGAGAUACUUUGGAACCAGCUUUUACGAGGGCAUACAGGAAGCGCAACAAACCAUUUGAAAAUGGUCAUUCUUUCAGAGAUAAUGAUUCCCAAGGUAGCGGAACCUUGAAAAACUAUAACAAUGCUCCUCUGGAGAAAGACUUCACAAAGUUUGACAAAAGACGCCUGGGCAUGUCAUCAUAUUCUCGAAUGAAUAUGGAUGUGAAUCAAAGAAUCAGGUCAAACCAAAUAUUUCCUGGAGAGCCUGGUCCUGGUAGGGGAAGAGGAAGGGACUCUGCUUCCUGGAACCCACGGGAUUCUAGAUUUAGCUCAGUUGACAUUGCCUCUCAAAUGGUUCAGCAGGGGUCCAUCACUCCAGGCCUCUUUGCCGGAAGGGGAUUACAAAAUGUUUCAAGUUCACAAAAUGCAUCCUGGAGUACAUUUGGACUGAUACCUGGAAUACCCAGUGGUGGACUUGAUGCUCUUCAUUCCAUUGGUCUGCCGGGAACGUUGCGACCAACAGUAAAUUCUUCGUUAAAUUUGGGCAUUCUUCGCCCGCGUUGCAGAGACUUUGAAGAGCGGGGAUUUUGCCUUAGAGGGGACAUGUGCCCUAUGGAGCAUGGCGUAAAUCGUAUUGUUGUUGAAGAUGUUCAGAGCCUUUCGCAGUUCAAUCUCCCUGUUUCACUUCCAAGUGCACCACUGGGGAGAACACAUGCCGGACCAGGGGCUUUACUAUCAGCCAGUGCUCCAUCAACCGCAUUGAUGAAUAGCAAAGGAUUACAUAGCAGAAAUGGUAAGUCUGGAAUGGUUGAUGAUGGUAUGGGAUUCAAUGGUGCAUAUUCAGGUUCUGCUGCUGCAAGUGGAAUAGACCUGUAUGAUCCAGAUCAGCCAUUGUGGAAUACUAGUGGUCCUGAAACAUCUUGUGGUCUCCUAGCACUACAGUCAUCCAAAAUGGAUGAUACUGAAUCUUUCCCAAGUGUUGAUACUUCUGAGCAUCAUGUCAGGUUGCGAGAAAAUGCUGACCAUGAAUGUGAAAUGAGGAGCACCGGGAUCCCUGUUGGUUCACAGGCUACAAGCUCAUCUGUUUGGGGUAGAGUUGGUAGUGGGAAGAAUAGAUUAGAGGUGAAAGAUAAAACUGAUUUGAAUGUAAAUACCUUAGAUUAUUUAGAGAAUGAGACAAAGGAAGAUCAGGAUGUACUAGCCAACAAUCAAGAUGCUUCUCGUCAAGGAAAGCUGCUGAAUGCUGGCCCCAAAAUUAUGGAGUCUUCAGCCAAGAUGCAGAGUGAUAAUGUCCGACACACAAGGAAAUCAUCGCAAAAAGCAAUGCGUACAUUAUUUGUCAGUGGUAUUCCACAGAAAAGUAACAAAAGGGAUUCUCUGCUUUCUCAUUUUCAGAAGUUUGGAGAGAUAGUUGAUAUAUAUAUUCCAUCGAAUAGUGAACGAGCUUUUGUUCAGUUUUCUAAGAGAGAAGAAGCUGAAGCUGCUCUAAAGGCACCUGAUGCUGUAAUGGGCAACCGCUUUAUCAAGCUAUGGUGGGCUAAUCGCGACAGCGUUCCUGACAAUGGCGUAGGUGGUAGCAUUAGUGUAUCUGCAAUUCCCCGUGGUGUGGCACCUGCUUCAUUUCUCCCCCAACCUUUUAUUGCUAAUAGAGGAAAAGAUGCUGUCCAGUCUGCUGCUUUUAAGGGUUCUACAGCACCUACUCCUGAUGUGUCUCUGCCUUCUAAUAAUCAUACCAACCCUGGAAUAGCAAAUGGUCCAAAGGUUCAACCUCCUUUGCAGAAGAAGUUUGAGUUAGAACAAUUGAAGGAAGAACUGCGCAAGAAGCAGGAACAGCUGGCCCAGAAGCGAAAUGAUUUCCGGCGCCAGUUGGAAAAAAUUGAGAAACAAGCUACAGGAGUCAAGGGUGAGGUAGUGGCUGAGCCUGUUGCUAAGAGACAUCGAGUGGGUUUGGCAACUGAUGUUGCAAAAGCUACAACUCUGAGGUCCUCUGAUUCUCUUCCUGGUGUUCAUUCGCCGGAUGCCGAAAUACGAGUGGAUAAGAAGAAAAUAGUUGAGAAUCCCUUGUUAUGUUGUCCCAAAACAAAUGCGUUGUUGCAGCAUCAGGAAACUACAGGCUCAAGGCAGCCACAUCAUCCAGUGGGUGCUACAGGGGGUCACUUUCCGAUAAAUAGAUACAAGUUGGAUAACCGACCCACGACGUUUAAAAUUAUUGCACCUUUACCAUCUGGUCUGACAAAUGUGGAUGUUUUGAAGGAACACUUCUCGUCCUAUGGUGAUCUUUCUACCGUUGAACUAGAAGAGGUUGAAGCGUGCGAUGAUAAUGAAGGAUCAGAGAUUCCAAAAGGUUGCUCGGCUUGUGUGACUUUCACAACUCGACGAUCAGCUGAGAGAGCAUUUUCAAAUGGUAAAUGCUGGCAAGGAAAUGAUUUGCGGUUCAUGUGGGUGACAGGAAGUAUCUCUGCCAAUAAUUCUGGCAGAGACAAUACUCCAGCUUCCAAGUGUCCUGUAGAAACAGGUGUUCUUCCUGUUGAAGAGUCACCCCGCAUGGAUUCCCAUGAAGUGACAGCGGCAGGGAAUGUGGAACCUGAAACUUCAGAAAGAGAGAGUGGUGAUGACCUUGUGGACUUGAAUGAAGUUCCUUCUCCGAAUUCAACUUUUGUACCGGAUGAAAGCGAGUCGCCUAAAUGCGAGGCUAGUGCAACAUCAUGGUGCAGCAAGGAAGACUCACAAAAGAGCGACAUGGGUCCAAAUGGAAUACCGGAGGAGAAAGAGGAGUCGCCUACAAACGGCGUCCGUUGAUGCUCUAUUGGAUUUGUACAGUGAGGUAAAGUGUUAAAAUCCAUUUUAACUCUUAAUUUUCAGGAGUAUUGCAUUAGAGAUUUAUGAUAUUUGUUUUUGCUAAAGUAUUUUUGUUUUAUGUAUCGGAUUUGUAAAGCAAGAUAAAAAAAAAUACAAAAAGAAUUUUGUGAUCUUCUACUGCCACUUAUGAUGAUGGUGGGUUUGAGUCAAAAUGCCAAAAAAUCAUGUUGUCUUUCAACUUUAAAUGUUUCUGUUGAAAGCAAUUGAAUAUA